AUGGAUCCCAGCAACUACUUCUCCCAUUCGAAAUCCUCUGUCUUCACCGCUGGGCCCGUCUACUUCGAUCCUCGCACGGAAACGUUCAAGGCAAUAGGAAUCAAGCCCGGCGAGUUCCUCGUCUCUCCCUGCACUUGCGAUGAGCGCAACACACUGAGGAUGAAUUGCGAACAUAAGCACAUCCUCGCACCGCGCGAAUUAGCCGUGCGCGUUGUGCGCCAAGGUGAUAUCGGUUACGGAGUUCGCGCUAAACAAGAUAUCAAGCGCGGGACUUGCUUGGGGAUAUACGCGGGGGAGUUGGUGACAGGGUUAGAGAACAUGGAAUUGGCAAAGUCCCUACAAAUUGCUCCCAACGUCAACCUUGGCUUCGCCGCGUAUCUCGACCCGACCCUGUGGCAACUUCCCGACGAUACCGAAGACGCGACCGAAUCAACCAUGUCUGAAACGACUUCUACGUCCACUCCGCCAUCUUUCCCCCGCCGUGUGGAGAAUAUACUCGCCGCACACAAGGUCAACGGUCAGGUUCAUCUACUGGUCUGCUGGGAGGGACAUACCGCUCUCACCUGGGAGCCAGAUGACGGUCUGCUCAAGCACAACCUGACUUGCGAAGGGUUGGAGAGCGAUCUGCCCGACGAUUCGGCGGAGUUUCAGGAGGAUAUUGGUCCGGAGGCGUAUGCAAUGGCGUCUGGAGUACUGAACGCUCAGCCCUGCUGCAAGUCGUGCGAAGAGGAGCAGAAGAACAAGGAGUAUAACCGGGAGGCGUUCGAUCGUCGCGCCUACAUCCGCGCUUCGCGCCUGGGCAAUGUGCGUACCUUUGAUGCCUUGCUUUGGCUUAUACUCAUAGUUUCUACAGUAUACUCGCUUUAUAGUCAGCCAUCCAGCAUGUUCCCAUGCUUCUCCCACCUCUGA